AUUCCUUUCUCAGACAUAUAGAGAUAUCUAAGAACCCAUUAUAGUAACAAAAUCUUUCUCAAUGGAGAAAACAACGUCUUUUGAAUUUGCCUUCAACUCCUCUUCCAUCUCUCUUUUUCCUAACUUCAUACUACCAGAAGAUGGUGAUGAUGAUAUCGAUGGAAAUGAAGAACGAACAACUACUACUACUGCUUAUGCUAGGCCUAACCUCUCCAAAGUUAUGCCACUGACUUCCAUACCCACAAUAGAUAUGAGCAUUGAUCAUGAUUCUUUAGUUUCGAUAAUAGCGAAAGCUUGUGAAGAUUUUGGUUUCUUUCAAAUAAUUAAUCAUGGUGUGCCUCGUGACGUUUACAAGAAAAUGAUGGAUAUUUCGACUGCUUUCUUCGGUUUUCCUUGUGAAGAAAGAGGCAAGUUGUACUCCUCUAAUCCACAUGAAGUAGUGAGAGUUGGAAGUGGUUAUGUUGAGCUUCAAAAUAAAGAGAGGGUUAAUUUAUGGAUGGAACGACUUAGCCACCUUGCUCAUCCGUUCUUGAAAGACAACGCGCAUCUGUUACCUCAAAAUCCUCCUGAAUAUAGGGAGAUUGCCGUCGAAUAUGCGAAAGAAAUAGCUGAUUUGGUAGACAGACUCUGGGGUUUGUUAUCAGAAGGGCUUGGAGUAGAACCAGACUAUCUGAGAAAAAGAUUUGAAAAUAAUGUCAUCAUUCACCAAAUUGUGAAUUUCUAUCCACCAUGCCCGGACCCGGAGAAAACACUAGGACUUCCACCUCAUACAGAUAUAGGCUUGAUAACAGUUCUUCAACAAGUUGAAGGCGUUUCAGGCCUUUAAAUUGUGAAAGAUGGGGAAUGGUUGUCUGUGGAUCCUCUUCCAGAUGCACUAAUCAUCAACCUUGGCGACCAGUUUGAGGUAUUGAGCAAUGGAAGGUUCAAAAGUCAGGACCACAGGGCUGUGAACAACGCAAAAAUGCAACGUCUGUCGGUCGUAACACAUUGUAAACCAAAAAUGGAAGUUGUCAUUGGACCUAUAGAUGAACUGGCUAUCAAUGCAGAGCAGACUCCACUCUACAGACAAUAUCCUUUUGAAGAGUAUAAUACACAGUACUAUAAAGAUUUUAAAGUGGUGAGGAAGGUUAAAGAAUUGUUCUUAUUGCACCCUUAGAAAUCAACCUUCAUGUACUCAUUUCAUUUCAGCCUAUUAUUUAAUUUGGCAAAUUAAGUGUUAUAAUGAAUAGCCUUUGUGUGGUAAAUGUUUGAUUUGCCAGUUCUGUUAUGAAUAAUAUAUAUAGCCUUUGGAG